AUGGCAAUGAGCGAGGAUUUUAAUUUUGCCGAGCUCUGUAGGCUCUGUUCGUUGAAAAGCAAUCAUCACUUACAGAUAUUCGACAAAGAGGGCGAACAGCGUCAAUUACUUUUUAAAAUACGUUCUUGCAUUCCCGCCGUGAUAACAAAGGAGGAUGCACUUCCAAAGAACAUCUGUCAGAGAUGCGUGUACAAACUGGAUAUGUUCUAUGAAUUUCGUGUAAGCUGCAUGACCACGGAUACAGUAUUGAAAAAUUAUGCUGAUAGUUUGAAGAAUCUUGCUGCAUCUGUAACAAAUCAGAGUAACGAUAAGGACAAGAUGUCGAACGGUGGUCAACAACAAAGAACGGCGUACGUUGAGGCCCAUGCUGCAGUUCAACAACACAUGGCACAACAAGCAGCUCAGGCAAGACUGGCUGGUCCUGGACCACCUACCAAUCCACAGGCUCCUAAUCCUACUUUCACCCUACCUGACGAUGGUCUUGGUUAUGACGACGGUGUACGUGUACUUCGUUCUAUCGGCACUUGGUCACCUGAUUAUUCGGCAGCAAUGAGACCAGGCGGUGUAAUGCCAGCAUUUCCAGGAUCAACCGAACAACAAUUUGCUAGUUCUAGAGCACCAUCGAUCAAUCAGCCUCUUCGAACGACUAACAACGUUGGAAUACGUCCUGGAUCAGUAUCAAAAGCUACAAAUACCGGGGAACCGAAUACAAAGGCAUUCGCUUGUACCGUAUGUGGAAAAGGUUUGGCACGUAAGGAUAAACUCGUCAUUCAUAUGCGUAUACACACCGGAGAGAAGCCUUAUUCCUGCGAGGUUUGCGGUAAAGCGUUCGCGCGUAGAGAUAAAUUGGUAAUACAUAUGAACAAGCUCAGACAUAGGCCUGGAGUUACGCCACUUUCCACUCCUACGGCACCGAGUACGGAUCAACAGCAACAACAGCAACAACAACAACAACAACAACAGCAACAACAGCAGCAAGCGUCGCAGCAACAACAACAACAACAACAGCAACAACAACCACCUCGUCAAGAUACCAUUCAUAAGCUAAAAGAGGAGCCCGUUAGUUGGGCAUGCGAAUUAUGUGGAAGAGCGUUGGCUACGCGUGACGAGUGGAUGCAACAUGCACGAUCACAUUUAGAAGCAUCAGCACCGCCACAGCACGCGGCUCCUUAUUUUCCUGGCUCGGCACCGCCGCCACAGCCGUACGCAUCGGAAAGGCAUUUUUGUCUAAUGUGUCGUACUGAUUUCACGGAUAAAGCGGAAUUCAUGUUUCAUGUACGCUCACAUUUUGAGCCGCAUGCCAGCCAACAAACGCAACAGCACUCCAGUGGAAAACAAGGAAGUGACCCGGCAACCGCUGAACUGAUUGCUCGUGGUCUGGUUGAUCCCUCGGGAUAA